AUGGAAAAGUUGAAGAUAUUGUGCCUUCAUGGUUAUCGACAGAACGCGGAUUUUUUUCGGGAGAAGACCGGAGGACUGCGAAAACUGCUUAAAAAAUAUGCAGUUUUCGAUUUUGUUUCCGCCCCUCACAUUCCUGCUGCGAUUGAUGAUGCAAACACUUCAGUUGAUGACAAUAGAGGAGAAGCGCGUGGCUGGUGGUUUUCCAAACCAGAUAACCAAUUUAGUUCAAAAGAUGUCACUGAUAUAGACACAGGUUUUGAAGAAUCAGUGGAAAAAAUAGUGAAGUUUGCUGCGGAAGAGGUUAUUUCUUACUUUCCAGGUUUUACCGGUCCUUAUGAUGGCUUGUUAGCUUUCAGUCAGGGUGCAGCUUUCGCUGUUUUACUUGCAGCCUUGAGAGCUAGAAAAGAAAUCAACAUGGAGUUCCGUUUUAUGAUUCUUUUUUCUGGGUUCCCUAGUCUUUCUACCAAACACUCUGAGUUGAUGGAAACUCAUCUAGGCGACAUUUACUGCCUCCAUGUUUUUGGCGAGAACGAUAAGGUGGUGGAUUUCCAGGUUAGUGAGAAACUGGUUGGAAUGUUUGACUGCGAUAAGUGUGAGGUUAUUGUUCAUAAAGGCGGACACCUUGUUCCAGCACUGAGUGCUCAUAAACAGGCAGUUACUAAUUUCAUACAAAAAAUGUUUGAGUUGACUUUUCCAGGAUCGUCAGCUUGA